AUGGUGGGCGAUUCGCGAAACGGUGCUGGAAACGCCGCCGCCGUCUUCGCUGGCGGCCGAGAAAUCGCGUCAUACGGAAUAGAUUAUCUUGGCAGCAGCGGCGACGGCACGACCACGGAUCGGAGUGGUGGCGGCGGCGGCGGCAGCAGCGGCGGCGGCAACGGCGGCGGCAGCGGCAGCAGCGGCGGCAGCGACGGCUACUACCGGGACGUCGGGUACGCGACGCGCGUCGAAAACAACAGCGACGUUCAGCCGCGCUUUGAGGAGAGCGCCGCCGCGACGCGCGGCGGGGAAGCCGCCGGCCGUCGCGCUGACUGCGUCGAGCGCUGCGAUCACGAGCAGAACGGCUUCUGGCAGCCGUCCGUCGCCUCAGCGAAGCGAAAGCGGCCAUACUGCUGCGAAGACGACGACAACGACGACUCGCCGGAGGGACCGGAGUCACUCCUUUCCUUCGGAAGGACGACUCUUGAGGCAGCAUCGGCGAGCGGCCUUACUUGUACGCGCGGCGAUGUGCCUCAAGCGUCAUUCUACUAUGAGUCGUUGGCGGGCCUGUCGGACCCAAGUUGCCGCGAUCAUCGCGCGACGACGUGCCUCACCGGCGAUUGGUCGACGAGCAGACGGCCGCCGGUGGACUUGACGGAGUCCGGCAAUGCCACGGCGGCAGAAGAACUUGGUGGCGGUCAGCAGGAUCGUCAGUCUUUCGGUGAUCCGCACAACCAGAAUCAUCCGCGAAACCAGCUUCAUCCCCUAAACCUACCUCAGCAAGGCCCCGGCGGGCUCUCCGCGUAUCCGCAUGCGCAUUCGGUGGCAGAGGGGGCAUGCGCGAGUGCGCCUGGCGCCGCUGAACGCGCAAGCGCCGGCGGGACUGCGAGAGAACCCGCCGCUGCAGGGGAUACCGGCGGAACGGGCGGAUGGAGGGGCGGCAGCGCAGAGGGGAACAGGAUAGUGGUGGGCGCGCCGGCGCUACUGGCGAGCGCAACGACUGGCGGAGACCGCCUGGGCGGAGUGAUGCGUGGCGGAGUGACAGCGCCGCCACAUCAAACCGCCCACGCACAGACGCAAGAGUGUGCUGCUGCUGCUGAGACGCCUCACACAUCCCAGGAGCAGGAACGAGCGCGGGAACUGCUGCAUAGACAAUCGCCAGCCGGAGGGACGAGCGGGCAGGCACGCAUAGCAGCCGAUGCAGCAGGUGGUGCAUGCGCAGGCGCAGCCAUGUCAACAGGCGCAGCAACAGCAGCAGGUGCGGGUGGUUCGUUAGGUCCGCCCUCCAUCCUUCCGCCUUCCAUGGUGGCCCUCCCUGCUACUGCCCUGCUGCCACUGCCCUGGCAGCACCUGCUGCCCCACCGCCCCUCCACCCACGUCCUGCUACCGCUGCCCUCUCCUCCCCAUCUCCCCGCUUUGCCCCAGCCCUUGCCGCAGUUGCUUACAUCACAACCCCGCCUGCUUAUAUCACAGCCCCAACUAUCAUCACAGCCUCAGCUGCUUAUUGCACAACCCCAGUCCUCAUCACAUCCCCCACUCCAGUCUCCUCUGCCCUUCCAGUCGUCUCCCCUCGUCCCAGCACCGUGGCCUGCCACCGCACCCCCACCAACACACGGGCUCGGUUUCUCGACCGUUGCCCCCCACCCUCUGCCUGCCAACUCUUCUGCACUCGCCGUCACUGCUGCUGCCGCAGGUGGCGGGCGGCAUGGGGUGGGCGGCGGUAAGGGGGAGGGCAUGGUGGGUGAUGAGGGUUACGAUCAAGGGCAAGGGCAUGAUGGCGAUGGUGAUGCGACGAAUCAGCGCAAGCAGAGGAGUUCCCUUGUCGCUUCCCCUGUCUGGUUACCCCUGGUCUCCUCUCCUUUUUGUCUCACCCCUUGCCUCUUCCCCGUGGGCAGGAUGCACUCCAACCGGCAGUCAGCCAAGCGCAGUCGCCUUCGCCGCCAGCAGCUGCUGGAGAAGCUGGAGAUGGAUGCUGCAAAGCUGAGGGUGGAACACAGUGCGUUGUGUCGGAGGGAGGCGGAAGCGACAGAGAGAGCUGCUGAGCUGCACCGGCAGCAAGUGCGGUUGCAGCAGGAGAGGGACGCAGUAUUAGCGAGGAUGAAAGAGCGUGGCUCUGAGAUGGAGGACAUCUGGAAGGAAGCAUUUCCAGUCGGCACGGAGUGGGACCAAUACGACAAGGUGUACGACAUUGAGUGGGACUUCUCAAACCUUGAUGAGGCGUUUGAUGAGGGGGGGCCGCUGCACGACAAGCGCGUCUACCUCUUUGGAUGCACCGAGCCGCAGCUGGUGCACUGGAAGGGCAAGGACAAGGUCGUGCACGUGCCAGCUGUCGUCGCGGUGUUAUCACCAUUCGCCCCAUCAGACAAGCUGGGCAUCAAGUCAGUGCAGAUGGAGACCGAGAUGAUCGUGCCGAUGCGCGAGAUGAAGAUGGACUGGAUCCCCUUCAUUCCCGAUACCACUGGCCGAGGGUCGGACCUAAGGCGGCACCGGUCGAACAUCUUCACUCUCAAGUGCAUACAACGCAGGGCGGGCUUGAGGCAGAUGAAGCACGAGCGGGUGAAGAAGUUCGAGUACUGCUUACCAUACAUCUUCCUACCGCACAUGCAGGAGGAGCAGGAGGUGGACACGGUGGUGUCCAUCAUGUACCCCUUCGAAGGGGACAACCCACCUCCCCCGUUGCUGGCGGAGUAUGACUGGGAGAUGGACGAGUACGAGGAGUUCACAGACAACCUGGUCAAGGACGAGUCGCUACCAGAAGCGGAGAAGGCCAAGUUCAUUGAGUAUGUGAAGAAAGAGGUGAAAGAGGCCAAGCUUAAGGCAAAGAAGGAGAGGGAGGAGCGCAAGAAGGCGAUAGAGGACAUGGGGGAGGAGCGCCUGGAAGCACUCAAGAACCUCAGGUUCCUCAAGUUCUAUCCCAAGCAGAGCGACGACACACCCGAUAUCUCCGAGUUCAAGGCCCACUACAUCAACCGAUAUUACGGCAAGGCUCAUGAAGAAGGAGGGCAACCUCAUGUGGGUGGAGUUCUCAGUGAAGGCGUUGAAGCUGGAGGGCGAGAUGCCGCCCACUAA